AUAGCCUACAAUUUAAACGUUCGACAUAAAUUAAUCGUAUGCGAUAAUUUUAUCAUUUUAUCGCAUGCGAUAAAUAUGUCACAUAAUCUAUAGCUCAUGAUUAAAGUUAACCGGAGUUUAAUCGGCUGAAUUUUCACGGUUAAAUAUCUGUUAUCAGCUGAUUAAGCGUAAUCGAAUUUUAACCGUGGGUCCGUGGACGGUACAACUACUGGCCCUAAGUAGUAAUCGUAUCUUGUAUCUUGUAUCCUGUAUCCACGAGACCACGGUCCACGACAGAAGUUGGGAACAAGUUGGAGUUACUUGCACAAUUUCAGUUCUUCAUUCCAAGCAUUAGAAUCAAGGUUCAGUUUAUAAUUGUUAGUAGAUUUCCAACUUAGGCGCUCUCUUAAAUGGCCUUAGAAACUAAAAAUUCUGGUAAGCCAAGACAAGURAGGGGUACUACUGCAUUCAAAUAUCGAAACUUGUAUGUGUUUGGUGUAUUUGCUGUCAGUGGACUUUCUUGGUUCCUGUUUGAGNNAUUACCAUCUACAAAAAUUCUAAAUGAAAAAAUCAAAAAUGGUUAUUGGGAUCGCACUCCAGAAGAAAAUUAUAGAUUAGAAAUGAUUAAAAAUAAUUUCAAUCCUGAUACAAAGAGUUUAAUGGAAAGAAAAAAAGAAAUUAUGUCUAAAAAAGAUGAUUUUUCACCAUUAAAAAUAUAAUUUUUUCUUUUCUUUUAA